GUGAGCUCCACAAACGUCCUGCAGUUUCCUAUCAUGCUGCCAGUGUCCCUGUGGGCUCCUCUGUGAAUAAAACCUCUGCCAGUGCAGCAGCAAAUACACCUGACAGUUCAGGUCACAGUGAGCCAAGCAUCUCCCUCGAUGUCGUAACAAAGAGCUACAGGCUACAAGAUGUCCGCAUCAUGGCUCAACUGCAGGAAGCCAGUUUGAGGCAGGACUUUGUCUCCAUGCCUUCCACUGCUUCACAGAGGAGAAACCCUGAGGCUCCAUUGAUGCUUCCACCCUCGUUUAACACCACUGGUGAAAACACUGCUUACUCAACUCCAGGAAAUAAAUCCGAAACUUCUUCCAUAUCAGCAGUUAAGGAGUGCUGCCACAGUCCCAGACCAUCCAGACUUCAUCAACAAGUCACCCAAUUCAAGCUGCUUAAACGCGCCCAGAACCAAGCAGCAGCAGCAUCACCAGGCAGGACGAGGUCGCCCCUGCGUACCAGCCUCCGCUCCCUCCAGGCUGUUAGGAACAGCCGAAGUUUAGACAUCGACGACUGCCAACCUGCUGACCAAACCGCUUACCUUCCAUCAGAUCUGUCAUCUGCCAAGGGGGAGGGCUUAAGUUGCUGGUUGCCACCAUUUUCCCCAGCUUCAUUGAACUCUGGCAGCUUGCUGCAGUCGAUGAAAAGCUCAUCAGUCCGGACAGCGGCCGUGAAGAAGAUGAACAGGUCUCACUCGCUCAGCCCCUGCCGGAUUCCUCAGUCUGCUAAAGGAUGCUUGUCUGUCCACAGACGUGUUUUUACCUCACCUGAGAGGCUAACCACUGUAGCUUGGGGCAGAAAUUUGCCUGUUCAGAGAUAAAAGAUUUACCCUGUGUGUUUACCUGGGAUAAAAUAAUAAUUAUGCGAUGCAAUGUAAUUAUUUACUUCUGUGGCUGAUAGGCCUCUGCAAUCUCAUGAAUACAUUUAGAUUGUGAAAGAAUUUGGGCCUAUGUUAGAAUCCUUUGUGGUAUGCUGCUCCGGGCAAACAUAUGCUUUUUCAGUUACAUGUGCAAAGAUCUAGUUCAUCUUUCUCAGUAAGAGAUUCUUGGUAAAUGGCAGGCAGACACAACCACAGUGCUCUAAAUCAUGUGGUUUUUAAGUUUUGUGUUAAAGUCACAGGAAUGUAGAAAAGUAAGGAGCACUGAUAUCCUAUAAAUUCACCCAUAUGAGACAUCUUAGAAAUACUGACAG